AUGGAAACUGAUUAUCUGGUCAAGGGAGGGUAUUGCGAACGGAUGAUGGAGGAAAAUGUGCCUGAUCCCGACGUAACGGGCUGGGGUAUCGUCUCUUCAUUUUGCUUUUCUAUCGUUAUGAACAUGAUUGCUAUCAUCGUUGCAUACGCGACAAAAGCGCUCCCUGAGAAACGUUACAACUCAAUAGACGAUAUCAUUCAUUCCAGAGGGUCAUCGUCGGCCGAUAGAAAACAACGCAUCAAAGCUUUCGAGUCGUUCAUGCUAUCGCUCAGUGAUCAGCAACUAGUUACUGGCAUGGCCCUCAUGUUGGCAACGAUUUGUAUAUUCGCGGGGGUUACGUCCAGAGGCUGCUACAACUCUAUUGCCCGCUGGCCCGCGAAGAAAAAGACUACUGGCAGCGUCGCUCUCUCCGAGCCUGCUUCGGUCCUGAAGCUGUAG